AUGCUCUACGACCUCAACAUUGCCUGGUCGCCGUCGACACCGCCCGACAAGCUCCUGCAGACGCUCGCGGCCGCGCGCAGUCUCGGCUACGCCAGCGUCGCCAUCAACCACCAGCUCGACCAGCCCGUGCACACGGCGCCGUCAUCCUGCCCCAUCCCUCCUCUCGCGCCCACCACCACCACCACCACCACCACCACCAGCCUCGCGCUGCCCAACAUCCUCCACCGCGCCACGUUCCCCCUCGCAGACCCCUCGGCGCCCAGCUACCGGCUGCCUGCCCUCGCCGCCGUGUACGACCUCGUCGCCGUGCGGCCCACCACGCCCGAGGCCUUCCAGAACGCGUGCCUGACGCUCGACGUCGCCCUCAUCUCGCUCGACCUCGCGCAGCCGGCGACGCGCUUCCACUUCCGCCCCAAGCCGUGCAUGGCCGCCGUCGCGCGCGGCGUGCGCUUCGAGGUGUGCUACGCGCAGCUGCUCAACGCCGCCGACGCCCGCGCCCGCGCCGCCUUUAUCGGCAACGUCACAGGCCUGUUUCGCGCCACGCGCGGCCGGGGAAUCGUGCUGAGUAGUGAGGCGAGGAGCGCGCUGGGGCUGCGCGGGCCCGCCGACGUGGUCAACCUGCUCGGGGUUUGGGGCUUGCCGCAUGAGAGGGGCCUCGAGGGCCUGCGAGCGCUGCCCCGCGGCGUCGUCGUCAACGAGGGCAUCAAGCGUACGGGGUUUCGCGGCAUCGUCGAUAUCGUGCAGACGGCCGAGGAUCCGGGCAAGGGCGUUGCGCAGCAGGGCGUGCCCGAGGACACGCCCGGGGGUGGCAAGAACCAGAAGCGCAAGCCGGGGCAGCUGGGAGACGGAGCGCAGAUAAGCAAGCGGCAGGCCAAGAAGAUGCGGCUCGCCAACCGAGCGGCCGCUGCCGGCGCGGACAAGUCUGGAUGA